AACAGCUAGUAUAUAAAUGUUUGUUCUCAAAUCUUUCGUCAUAUUUCAGUGAUACAGAAAGGGGUACCUGGUGAAAACAUGGCUUUUAAAAUCGCUUGUAUACUUUUGGCGCUUGCGGUAGCAUGCUACGCUUUUCCACAAAACUACUGCGUUGUCCCUGAACAUAGCCAAGGUUCCGGCCAGCAGGGAGGAUUCAGCGGAGACCCAGGCUUCGGAGGCCAAAGCGGCUCAGGGGGCUUCGGCAACUAUGGGCAGCAUGGCGAGCACGACCAUGUAGGCAGGCACAGCCGCAGCCCGCAGGGCCACGCUGGUCACGGUCAUGGCGGACAAGGUGGAGAACCCGGCUUCGGCCGUAGUCAGGGAGGAUUUGGUCAAGGAGGACAAGGCCAGGGAGGAUUUGGUCAAGGAGGACAAGGCCAGGGAGGAUUUGGUCAAGGAGGACAAGGAGGUUUCGACCCUCACUAUGGCGGUCACGGACAGAACGGACACCGAGGAGGUUAUCAAGAAUACGGAUAUAUUGCGUGUUUGGUUCUCGGGCUUGCUGUAGCAUGUACCGCUUUGCCAGGAGGGUACGGCGGCUACGGAGGUGGACACGGUAGCCACGGAGGUAGCCAAGGAGGCUUCGGUGGCAACCAAGGUGGGUUCGGCCACGAUAGCGGAUUUGGGGGAGGUCAGGGCGGUUUCGGCGGCGGACAAGGCGGUCUCGGACAUGACAGCGGAUUCGGUGGUCAAAGUGGACAAGGAGGCUUCGGUGGCGGCCACGGCGGACAAGGAUUCGGUGGUGGCCACAGCGAUCAUGGUUUCGGUGGUAGCCAAGGACAUGGCGGAUUUGGAGGUAGUCAGGGCGGAUUUGGUGGCAGUCAGGGCGGAUUUGGUGGCAGUCAGGGCGGAUUCGGCCAGGGACACCACGGCCACCACGGCGGAUAUCAGCAGCAUGGGUAUUAGACCUAGUCGCAAUUUUUAGUUUAAAAUACAAUAAAGAAUUAUUUUAUUGUU